AUGCACUCCGUCCGCGUCGGCUACAUCCCAGAGCACUUCAGCGCGCCGCUGCUGUUUGCGCAGACGCUCGGCUUCUUUGCGCAGCGCGGCGUCACCGCCAAGCUCGUGCCCUUCCCUAGCGGCUCUGGCCACCUGAUCCAGGCGCUCGACGCCGGCGAGCUCGACCUCGCGCUCGGCCUCACCGAGGCGUUCGUGCGCGGCAUCGCAGACACGCCAGCCGGCGCCGCGCCGCGCUACCAGAUUGCCGGCACCUACGUGCGCUCGCCACUCAACUGGGCCGUCUCCGUCGGCGCCGCGUCGCCCCUGGAGCACGUGGACCAGCUGGACGGCGGCCGCGUCGGCGUGUCACGCGUCGGCAGCGGCUCGUACGUCAUGAGCUAUGUGCUCGCCCUGCAGCGCGGCUUCCGCCGGCCCUUUGCCGCGCAUCCGGUGUGCCACACCUUUGCCGGCCUGCGCGCCGCCGUCAACGACGGCGCCGCGGACGCUUUCCUGUGGGAGCACUUUACCUCCAAGCGCUACCACGACGCGGGCGAGAUCCGCCUGCUGGGCAACAUCCCCACCCCCUGGCCCUCGUGGGUGCUGGUUAAGCACACCGCGCUAGAGCCCGCCGCGCUGGCCGCCUUCGCGGCUGCGCUGGACGACGGCAUCGCGCACUUUGAGGCGCAUCCCGAAGCCGCAGUCGCGCUAAUCACGCAGCAUUUCGACUACUCGGCCGAGGACGCGGCCGCGUGGCGCACUACGGUGCGCUUCCAUCGGCCCUGCUGCACGUUGCACGACCGCACAGCCGUAGUCGACGCCACCCUGGCCGUGCUGCAGGCCGCGGGUGUCCUCCGUCACGCGGCGGAUCCGGAGCUAGUGCAGCGCAACGUUGAACGCGGGCUCUACGCGGCGCCCGCGGGCGAGAUUUAG